AUGUGCAAAAAGAAGAUUUUAGAAUGGGAGAAUGAAUUAUUGAGAUGGGAAUCAAAUAAUUUAAAUAAUCGUCAAUCUAAUGAACCUUUGACAAAUGAUAAGAUAGAAGAUACAUUUGCGAUUUUCAAUAUUGCUGAGUAACUAUAACAAACAUAUCAAAAGCUAAGAGAUAGGUCUAAACUUGUUAUAUAUAACCUUUUUCUUGCAAUCAUUAUCUUAACUAUAUGGUCAAAAAGGGCAACAUAAGAUCUUAGCUAAUACAUUAUUGAAAAAUUAGCAAAAGUAACACAAUUAAAAUAACUCAAAGAUCAAGCUAUCAUGAUUAAGAGAUAUUAAAAUUGA